AUGGCGCACAGCUCCAACUCCUUCCCGGGAACCAAUCCCUUCCUCAACACCUCCACCAAAACCGACAAAUCCCCCAGCAUCCAGAAGAUCUCGGAAGACGAAGAAUUCGAGGUGACGUCACCUACAGAUGUGACGUUCAAGCAGGCCAACGCCGGCGGCCCAUCAGGCAAUGUGCCGUUUGGAGGAAGUGCAUUUGGCGAGCCGGAUUCACAAGGCGGCGGUGCCGCCCCGGGGUCCUUGUUCUCGUCGAGUCCCUUUGAUGAGUCCGGGUCGGGCGCGGGGUUGGGAGGAGACGAGCCGGGUGCCCUCCCGACGGGCUCUGCAAACCAGGGAUUCCCAAACAACUAUGCUUUGGGCCGUCGCACUUCUGUGUCUGCAGAGUCCUUGAAUCCCACGUCGGCUGGCUCGGACAGCUGGACGCCUCCGCACCACCCCAAGACGGACGACCAGCUGGCCCGCCUCAAGACCGCUGUGAGCAGCAACUUCCUCUUCUCCCACCUCGAUGACGAGCAAUUCAAGACCGUCCUCGACGCCCUGGUCGAGAAGCCCAUUCCCGCCAAGGAUAUCAAGGUCAUCUCGCAGGGUGACGCCGGUGACUACUUUUAUAUCGUGGAGAAGGGCAACUUCGACAUCUACAUCCACUCUUCAGGCUCCGUGCAGCCCGGCCCCGAUGGUUUGGGCAACAAGGUGGCCUCGACGGGACCGGGUGGCUCGUUCGGUGAGCUGGCUCUGAUGUAUAAUGCUCCCCGUGCCGCGACCGUCAUAUCGACUGAGGCCAAGAGCACCCUGUGGGCUCUGGAUCGCAUUACCUUCCGCCGCAUCCUGAUGGACUCGGCGUUCCAGCGUCGCCGCAUGUACGAGGCCUUUUUGGAGGAGGUCCCGCUACUGUCCUCGCUCAAGCCCUAUGAGCGGUCCAAGAUUGCCGACGCCUUGGAUACGAUCAAGUACCCCGCCAAUUCGACCAUCAUCAAAGAAGGCGAUCCGGGUGAUGCCUUCUAUCUCCUGGAGUCUGGCGAGGCGGAGGCCAUUAAGGACGACGCCUCCGUCAAGAAGUAUUCUCGUGGCGACUACUUUGGUGAGCUCGCCUUGUUGGAUGACAAGCCGCGUGCGGCCAGCAUUGUGACCAAGACCGAUGUGAAGGUGGCGCGUCUGGGCCGCGACGGAUUUAAGCGAUUGCUUGGCCCGGUCGAGGAGAUCAUGAGACGGACCGAGUACCAAGUGGAUUCUACCAAGUCUCCGACUUCCUCAUGA